UAGCGGUGUGAUGAUGCAGUAGCUCGGCACCUCCACAGCUUCACUGACAGGUAAAACUGGGCUCCACCUGGGAAAUCCCUGCAGAGGUGCCCAGUUUCCACUAGGCUGUUGACACCUUGACCCUUCGGCUGACAGUGAAUGACAAAGCAAAGGUCAGUGCGUGUGCGCGCGCGCAGCCGGGAUUCAAAGAGCAUCUCCACAGCGGCACAAGACGGCGCUCCUGGGAGAAUGGUAGAAAACGCUCUGAAAGCUGGUCGAUAGCGGCGGAGACAGCUUCGGCUUCGGCAGGGGGAGCAGCAGCGGCGGCGGCGGCGGAGGUUCUCUCAGCGGCUCCAUCGCGGCCACCCUCGGACCGAAGGCAGGCCCACUGAGAGAGGAGGACUGCAGCACCAUGGACAGCUCAGAUAUGGAUGCUGGCUAUGGUGGAGGGCUGUUGGACAUGGUGAAGGGAGGAGCUGGCAAGUUCUUCAGCAACUUUAAGGACAACUUAAAAGACACUCUGAAGGACACCUCCACAAAGGUCAUGCAUCAGGUUGCCACGUACACUAAAGGAGAGCUGGACAUUGCAUAUAUUACAUCAAGAAUCAUAGUCAUGACGUACCCUGCUGAGUCAGUCCAGAUUGGCUACCAAAACCAUGUUGAGGACAUUCGCUCGUUCCUCGACAGUCGUCACGCCGACCACUACACAGUUUUCAACCUUUCACAGCGAAACUACCGUGGCGCCAAAUUCUCAAAUAGGGUGUCAGAGUGCAAUUGGCCUUCUCGCCAAGCUCCCAGCCUUCACAACCUGUUUGCUGUGUGCAAAAACAUGCACAACUGGCUCAAACAGAACCCAAAGAAUGUGUGUGUCAUCACUUGUUCGGACGGUCGCGCUCCCUCCGGUGUUUUGGUCUGUGCCAUGUUCUGCUUCUGCCACCUCUUCAGCCACCCAGUUCCUGCCAUGCAGCUGCUCAGCGCCAAGAGACCAGGAUCCGGACUCUGGCCCUCACACCGCAGGUACAUAGGUUAUGUAUGUAGCAUGGUGUCAGAGAAGCCCACUCUGCCGCACUCCAAGCCCUUGGUUAUCAAGGCCCUCACUAUGAGUCCAAUUCCAUGUUUCAACAAGCAACGCAGCGGCUGUCGGCCCUUCUGUGAUGUCCUGAUUGGAGAGACAAAGAUCUUUACCACAGCGCAGGAAUACGAGAGGAUGAGAGAGCACAGGAUCCAGGAGGGGAAAGUUGUUUUCCCUCUUGGUGUGAGUGUUCAGGGAGAUGUUGUGGUUUCUGUCUACCACAUGAGGUCAACAAUUGGAGGUCGUCUGCAGGCCAAGGUGUCCAACACUCAGAUCUUCCAGAUCCAGUUCCACACUGGCUUUAUUGCUCCUGGAACCACCACAUUGAAGUUUAGCAAACCAGAGCUCGAUGCCUGUGACUCCCCAGAGAAAUAUCCUCAACUGUUCCAUGUGAUCCUUGAUGUGGAGGUAGAAGGAGUGGAUAAGCAGAAAGACUUGACGCCACCAUGGGAGCAGUUUCCCUGUAAAGACCUGAGUCCCAAUUUGCUCUUCUCCAGCCACCAGGAGCAUCAGGACGCACUGGCUAUUGCAGAUGAGAUGGAGGGCUUGGAUCUGGAGGAACCAAGCCGGCAACACGGAGAAGGUCGGGCCCAUUGUGAGGAGAGCGAGCCCUCCGAUGACGAAAUGUUGUCGCUUUCAAGCCAGCGAAGUAGCAUCAGCGCUGCCUCGCAGAAACCAGAACCUGCAGCUCCAGUUCCUGGCGCACCAGCACCCACUGAGGAAGUGGAUCUUCUUGGCCUGGGUGGGGAAGACAUCAACCGUCCGUGCCCCUCUUCUCAGCCUGCAGCGGCUGCAGCCACUGACCUCCUGGGAGAUUUGUUUGGGGCUCCGCCUCAGCCGGCCAGUGCACCUUCAUCCACUCAGUCCACUCCGCACAAAGUGGCCCCUAAUACUGCCUCACAGAGCCCAUCCCCUGCUCCACCAGCAUUUCAUCCUUUUGGAGCAGCUCCUAUGCCUAAGCCUCAGGAGAUGAUGGGCUCAUUCCUCGGACCAGGUAAUGUGGGGCAGCCAGACCUCUUUGUGCAUGCUGCUCGUUCUCCAUCACCCACCCUGCAGCCUACAAGCUUGGGUAGAAGCUCCCCUGUCCCACCCGCCACACCUACCGUCAACAUUCAGCAGCAAAAUGCCCUGGGAGGUUGGGACUGGAACAGACCUGUCACCACAAGCACAGCGGGAGGUUUUGGUAUUGGCAGUCGAUCAGCCACUACCAGUCCCACAGGUUCAGUCCACAGCACGCCCACCCACCAAACUAAGCCAAACACCUUGGAUCCAUUCGCCGACAUCGGAAACCUGUCCGGAAGCCUUGGAGGUGCUUCUGGAUUCUCCAGCAAGCCCACCACUCCAACAGGAACAACUCCGUCCUUCCCACCAAUGGGUUCCCCGUCGCGGCCGCAGCCGUCCCCCCAGCACACAGGAGGCUGGCAGCCCCACACAGGAGCCAACUUCUCCUCCUGGCAGCCCAGCGCCGGAGGUAGUGGAGGCUGGCAAGCCCAAGGACAGGGUCCGACUGCCCAACCAAAGCCCAGCCCCAGUCACACCUCCAUUCCUCACACAUCGCCUCAGAAUCGACCCAACUACAAUGUUAGCUUCUCAGCAAUGGGAGGAGGCUCUCCGAGUGCAGCGGCCAAACCACAGGCGGGAACUGGUUCUAAGCCCAGAGCCUCGGAUGCAAACUUUGAUGACCUGCUCUCUGGUCAGGGAUUUGCAGGGACCAAAGAGAAAAAAGGCCCCAGGACAAUAGCAGAGAUGAGGAAGGAGGAAAUGGCCAAAGAGAUGGACCCAGAGAAAAUUAAGAUUUUGGACUGGAUCGAGGGGAAGGAGCGUAACAUCCGCGCCCUGCUGUCCACCAUGCACACGGUGCUUUGGGAGGGGGAAACACGCUGGAAGCCAGUGGGAAUGGCUGACCUGGUUACCCCUGAACAGGUCAAGAAGGUUUACCGCAAAGCAGUGCUGGUUGUUCAUCCUGAUAAGGCAACAGGACAACCUUAUGAACAAUAUGCCAAGAUGAUUUUCAUGGAACUGAACGAUGCCUGGUCAGAAUUUGAGAGCCAAGGACAAAAACCUCUCUAUUCCUAAAAACAAGUGAAAAGAAGUGAGCAACAUCAGGAUGUUCCUUCCAGUUCUGUGUUCUAACCCUUAAAAGUGUCACCGCCUCUGAAAUGACUCACCAUGUAACAUCAUCUGCCUUUAUACCUGCACUUUCACUCAGAUUGCUCCAUUUGCCCAAAACUCCUAACAUCAGUGACGGCAACAGACGACCAAACAGACAAAAGAAGCGCCUCUGAACACAGACGAAUGCUCUCUGUACGUACAGUAUGUGGUGCAACAGCGACAAAGUUCACUGACCCCUUCCUUGACCCUUGAGAUCAGCUCAAUCAAACCAACAGAGAUGUCUGAGACAUGGAGCUGGAUACCGCAGGAUAAGAGAAAAACAAACCAGGGAGCACAUUCAGCAAAUAUUUCAUCGACUGCUCCUUGUCAGAGUUACAGUGAUAGCAGAUACUCUUACUGUAAGGCACAACAAGCAUUUAUAUGCAUUUAUGUUAGCUAGAAUGUAGUUUGCUCUUUGACCUGUGUGAAAAUGCAUUCAGGGUCUGUUGUGAAAUCCAAUCCAUAGGAAGGUCAAAUUAAAAGGCAGCAACAUCAAGUUACUGUAAAAUUAUCUGACGGUAGGUUUUUAUUCUGCUAACCAUUGUUUGUUUAGAACAGAUUGAAUCUAUAAAUAGUAGUCAACGAGAAAUACCAUCAAUAUGUGUUCAGCAGAAUUAAGAUUUGAUGAGUUUUCUGAGAUUUUUUUUUUUUUUUUUUUUCACUUUUGCCUUGUUGAGUUAAUAUGGUGUAAAGACAUUCCUGGAGGAUGUAUUGUUGCUAUUCUUUAUUCAUUCUGGUGUUCCCAGGCAAAAUUGUGAGUGGACUAGAGAGAAUCCCAUCCAUGAAUGCUUUACUUAAAGCAGCUACCACCAUUUCUUUUUGGAAAAGUUAUUUUUCCAAGAUGUCUCAAGCGGUUUUAAAUGAGGUUUCAGUCAGUAAAAUAAAAUUCUUAAUUCCUCCAGCCCAUUCCUGCUACUUCAUGUAAAACAUUGGUCUUUCCUUGAUGUUUGUGUUCGCCUCACAUGCAAAAACACUCACAUAUAUUUAUUGCCAUCCCUCAGUAAGUUCUGCACUCACGGUAAUUUCUCUCCUUGAAUUUGUUGAUGAUUUGACACAUUGUUUAUUUGUGUGCAUUCUUCAUACAUGAGGCUAUUCAUGCAAGCCAAUGACGAGGGCUUGUGUUUCUGUGGAGAUGAGAAUGACUGACAAAAUAAGAUUAAGAGCAACACUCACUUUUAAAGCAACUGUUGUGUUUUUCUAAUUCAAUCAGCUUGUUAACACUUUGCUCUGAGCUGAUUCUAAAAUCAUUGAGUCAUUUUUGUGGCAGAACUAAAACACGUGAUGAGUUAGUUUUGUCCUUUUUAUUUGGUUUCUUUUUUUGGUUUCUUGCAGUAAUUAGUUUUAAUCUAAUAAAAAGCGCCUAUAAGACAGUAGCUGUCUACUUAGUGAAAGCAACUUCAGCUUAUUGACUGUGUGAUUCCUGAUGGGCUUUCAUUUCUGCUAAUUGCAUAAUAAUAUGUGUGUAUAUCUAAAAUAAUUGGAUCUUAGAUCAAAAAAUGUGAAAAAGAAAUAACACUUUUUCUGACUACUGAUUCUUUCUGUAAACUGGGAGUUGUACAUUUUAGGACUGUAAAGCACCUCAUGCAUAUCCUCAUAAAGUAAUAUCAAUUUGCAAUUGAAAACUUGUGAAAGCACAAACAUUUUUAAUGUACUUAAAAGAGCAGCUGAUGUACAUUUUUGAUUACAAAGCAAUAUGCUUGAAUGACAUAAAUACAUGUCUAUGUUUGCUAAGUGACUUGUGCAACAAAUAACCUGAGGUUUCUUAGUUUAAUCAUAUCAGCCAUGCUGUUUGAGUUUGUCUUCAGCCAGACAGGCAAAAUUAAAAAAAACAAUUUGCUCAUAUCAACACAACAUAUAUUUGUUUCACUAAACUCAUAAUCCCACACAAUGACUGCAUUUACAUAGAAAAAGCCAUGUGAGCAACCAGAUGUUAAUCAGGAGAAAGAAACAAAAUUAAAUAGAUUUUCUUGGAUAAAUCUUGAUUUAUCAAAAAACUAAAAGCAAAGGCGUAAAACGUUUUUACUUAUUUUGUUUGUUUUGUUCAUUAUUUUGAUAUUACCCCAUCACCUCUUGAAAUUGGAUUUUACCCUUAAUAACACAACUUCAAAAUAAGAAGGCACUGAACUUUAAGAAUUUUAUUGUGUUCACUUGAUAUGUGUUGUUUACAUUGAUGAGACAUUUGUUUCCAUUUUGCACAGUUUCAUAUCAACAGUAAAGUACAGGAGGCUUGACUUAGGGAACUGUUUGAAAUUGUUUCAUUCCAACCUAACUUGUAUGAUCUUUGUUCUAUUAAUAUCAGCUACAAUUGUUCUUCAGACUGUUAAGCUAUUUUUGCUUGUGACACUGUUUCUUCAUAUGGAAAUUGUUUAAUAAUUAGAAUAAUGUCCAUGGAAGCUUAAAAUACUAUAAGGCAGAUUUAAAUCAGGGCAACCCUGAAUUUUUGGCCAAACUGAGGUGUGACCUGAUGGUGUUGGAUUUACAAGGCACCACAAAGAUGUUGAGUUGGAUUUAGGUCAGGUGUGUUUGGGCUCCAGGAACUGUCUGGAUACUCUUGCCACAUGAGGCCUGGCAAUUUCGCACACCAGGAGAAACCCAGGAUCCUAUGCACCAGUGUACAUUCUUCAACUGAUACCUCGUGGUCGUCUGGUAGAGGUCAGAGUACCACCAGUGGAUUUACCUCCCCAGUCCACGACCUACCAACUACCAGUCACUGUCAUGCUCUGCAGACCUUUUCAAUGUGAAAAGCGCUCACUGGUUCUGGCCUGUCAGUUCUAGUAUUAUAUGGAAAACUGAGCUUUGUAAUUCUGGAUGUCAGAGUAUCAGGAAGUCUGUUUCUGAUUGUUUGCUGGAGCUUAUUUUGGUGCUGAUGUUUUUCUUUCUUGCACUAAUUAGCAGACACCAGUCCUUCAAAAGGGUAAAGGAUUAGAGAGGCCUGCCCAUCUCUGUAAUGACUAGACCAAGAGUCUCCAACCCUAGUCCUCAAAAGCUACUAUCCUCAAGGAUUUGGAUGUAUCAAUUCUCCACACACCUGAAUAAAAUGAAUAACUCAUUACCAGGCCUUUGCCGAACUCGAUUACCACUCUGAAGAGGUAAUACAAUCAUUUGUUUCAAGUGAGAUCUAUCUAAAACCUGCAGGACAGCAGCUUUCAAAGACUAGGACCGGCCAUUCCUGUGCUCAUUGGCUGUUUCCUGGAAUCAGCUCCAUGCUUUUGAGACACAACAAACCUUUUGCGCCACGGUGGGUGAGUUUCAACCGCUGCAUGGUCCAGUUAUUACUUUAUUCAACCAGGAGCACAGCAACACUGUUUUUACAUUUGGUUUUGACACAUUGGAAUGCUUAACCAAUCCAAUGAAAUACCAAUAAGUUCCUGCACUAUUUGACAUGUAAUAUUCUGGUUAAAAUGGAUUAAGAUUAGGAUUUGGAUUUCUAUUUUUUAGGUAGGGGUAGGAAUGGAAAACGGAUGAACAUAUGUACUUCCAUUCUGACCCCAGAUUGAAUUUCCUUCUUCUGGUUUUACAGUUUACAUUUACUGUUGCAGAAAAACAAGUUAGCAGCGCUGCCCAAAGUCGGUCCUGGGUGGGCCGGCAUCCUGCAUGUUUUAGUUCUCCCCCUGGUUUAACUCACCUGGAUCAAAUGAUGGCUCAUUAAGGAGACCAUUGACAUGCUGAACAGGUUAAAAGGUUAUCACUGGCAGGGAGAAAACUAAAACCAACCAUCGAGGACUAAAUUUGGGCACCACUGCUCUAAUGGAUUAAAGGUUUUUUUUUGUUUUUUUUUUUCAAAUUUAUGCAAAAAUCAUUGAUUGCAAAUGUCUGAGAAAGUAUGUUUUUUUUUUUACAUGCAAAGGGUGGAGGAAUUGUUUUUUUUUUUUUUUACAUGCAAAGGGUGGAGGAAUUGUUUUGUUUAUGUAAAACAAGCUGCAAGUUUUAUGUUAUUUCCAGGUUAACAACCUGGUAAUUGGAAAUCAUGCAACUGUUUUAUGUUGCUCAAAAAUACCUGGAAAAACAACAGAUGCCCCCAAAUUAAGCAUUACAUUUGCAUUCAUGUCCUCAUAAAUAAGUACCAUUCUUGACACUCAUAUUGUCUUGAUGCAAUUGAGCGGUUAGAUGAAAAUUCUACUUUACUUUGUACUUUCCUGUCAGUUUCAAAUCACUCAAAGUUUCCAUUGUAGAAUAAAUGGCGACUGCAGGGAAGGUGUGUUUCACCCAUAGAGAACUUUCAUUCAGGAGGAAAAGUUUUGUUUGAAGUCCUUGAAAGACAGCAGGUCUCAGACUGAAACUAAACUUGAAGCUGAUGUUUUGUGUUUUCUUUUACCUGAUGAAGAGAGCCGUCUCUUAUCUAUUUACACGGAGGACCUAAAUGUGAAACAACCCUUGUUAACCCCAUCGCUGACUGAUCUUAGAGCUAACCUCUAUACUGUAAUCAGUCCAUGUGUGUUGUUUGAAGCUGUGGUAUGUAUGAGUCAGAUUUGACUACUUUGUCACGUGUUUGCCUGUCUGCUGUUCAAGUAUUAAUUAAUUGUGUAAAAUUUUUUUGUUUAUGUGUUUUCUUUUUGGGUUCUGUUUACUGUUACAGGAUGUACAUAAUGAACAUGUGCAGUGCACAAAAAUAAACAGUAAACAGAGUGAAACAUU